AUCUUAAGUUGGUCUUACUUAAAAAAUUUUAAGUGUUUGUUAACCAGCUGGUUUGAAGAGUAGGUUUGAAGUUGCUUAAGAUCCUAGUGUAUGUCAGGGAAAUAAAUUUAGGCUUAACAGAGGUAGAAUUUAAUGAAACAACUAUUCUUUCAUUUAAUAGUCCUGUUGGUAUUUUCUUUACCUAUUGUUGAGAUAAAGGAUGUUAAUAAUAAGUUGGUUGCAUUUUACCACAAUUUAGGGAUGAGUUUAUCAUUUAAAACUUGAAUAAUGCAAAUAACAAUUCUUUCAGUGAUGACUAAAGUGAUGCCACUGUGUGGUAAUAGGGUAAACAUAGUUGGCAGUUCACCUGCCAGCUUUGAAAUUACAAGAUUCUUGAUGAGUAUUUAAUGAGGAUUCCCAUUAUUUAAAAUUUGUGCAUAUGGUAAAAUUUUACUAAUGACGUAUUGCACUAUUUCAUAUUACUUAAAAUAUGAUCCUACUUGCGUUUUGUUUUAUUUUAAAUGGCAAAUUGACAUCUUCAGGGACCUGAAAUUCUAUUAGGGAGACCAGGGGGAGAAUGUAUAAGUAUUGGGGAAUAAAUGUUGGGUUGGGUUGAGAAUCAGAACAAGUUCUAAUCUUGGAUGCCCUUUGGGCUAUUAGGGACCAUUGAAUGUCUGGUUGCACCUUUCUUUAAAUCUUUCAGGCGAAAAUUUUAUGAAUUAGAAUAUUGGGGCUUGACUCAUUUUUAUCUCUGUGUUGAGAGAAAUACCUAACUUUUUAAAGAAAGCUUUUGGCUCUGCCAGCAUUUUUCCUGAUGUGUCUCCAGAUGAAGAUAGGAUAGCCUUCUUUCUAUUCAGGCUUCUACUUUUGUUAGGUCCUUCUACACAUAGGAUGUCAGUUCUGUCCCUAGCAUAGUCUGUAUUAAAAAAAAAAAUUUUUUUUUUAAGUUUAUUAUUUUUGAGAGAGACAGAGAGCAAGCAGGGAAGGGGCAGAGAGACAGAGACACAGAAUCGGAAGCAGGCUCCAGGCUCUGAGCUGCCCGCACAGAGCCCGACACAGGGCUCGAACUUACAGACCGCGAGAUUAUGACCUAAGCCGCAGUCAGCCGCCCAACCGACUGAGCCACCCAGGUGCCCCCAUAGUCUGUAUUUAAUGAGCAUAGGCUACCUAUGUUCUAGAAGUCUUCCAGGGAUUAUGAUAUCAUAUUCCUUCCGUUCAAAAAUUGUUAAAAGUGUGCCUAUGAGACAAGCAAAAGUUCAAACAGACCCUCCCUCAGUUCCAAUAUGUGACCUGUAUCCUAACGGUGUAUUUCCCAAAGGACAAGAAUGCGAGUACCCACCCACACAAGAUGGGCGAACAGCUGCUUGGAGAACUACAAGCGAAGAAAAGAAAGCAUUAGAUCAAGCUAGUGAAGAGAUUUGGAAUGAUUUUCGAGAAGCUGCAGAAGCACAUCGACAAGUUAGAAAAUAUGUUAUGAGCUGGAUCAAGCCUGGGAUGACAAUGAUCGAAAUCUGUGAAAAGUUGGAAGACUGUUCACGAAAGCUAAUUAAAGAGAAUGGAUUAAAUGCAGGCCUGGCAUUUCCUACUGGGUGUUCUCUAAAUAACUGUGCUGCCCAUUAUACUCCAAAUGCUGGUGACACAACAGUAUUACAGUAUGAUGACAUCUGUAAGAUAGACUUUGGAACACAUAUAAGUGGUAGGAUUAUUGACUGUGCUUUUACUGUUACUUUUAAUCCGAAAUAUGAUACAUUAUUAAAAGCUGUAAAAGAUGCCACUAACACUGGAAUAAAGUGUGCUGGAAUUGAUGUCCGUCUGUGUGAUGUUGGUGAGGCCAUCCAAGAAGUUAUGGAAUCCUAUGAGGUUGAAAUAGAUGGGAAGACAUACCAAGUGAAACCAAUCCGUAACCUAAACGGACAUUCAAUUGGGCCGUAUAGAAUACAUGCUGGGAAAACAGUGCCCAUCGUGAAAGGAGGAGAGGCUACAAGAAUGGAGGAAGGAGAAGUGUAUGCCAUUGAAACCUUUGGAAGCACAGGAAAAGGUGUUGUUCAUGAUGAUAUGGAAUGCUCACAUUAUAUGAAAAAUUUUGAUGUUGGACAUGUGCCAAUAAGGCUUCCAAGAACAAAACACUUGUUAAAUGUCAUCAAUGAAAACUUUGGCACCCUUGCCUUCUGCCGCAGAUGGCUGGAUCGCUUGGGAGAAAGUAAAUACUUGAUGGCUCUGAAGAAUCUGUGUGACUUGGGCAUUGUAGAUCCAUAUCCACCAUUAUGUGACAUUAAAGGAUCAUAUACAGCACAGUUUGAACAUACCAUACUGUUGCGUCCAACGUGUAAAGAAGUUGUCAGCAGAGGAGAUGACUAUUAAACUUAGUCCAAAGCCGCCUCAACAUCUUUUAUUUUCUAAGCUUUGUUGGAGUACAUUAUACCACAAUUAAUUUGCAACAUGUUUGUCUGUUUAACAGUGGACCUACGUAAUGCUUUUAUCCAUGUUUAAAAAGGAAGGACUUUGAUCAAAUGCAAACCAUCUAAUGUAAUUAGCCAAGGAAAAAGCUUUCAGGACUUUCAAAUGUUAACUGUUUUUCCCAUCUAGGAAAUGCUUUAAAGCUCAAAUUAGUUAGGAAUGACUUACACAUUUUUUGUUUUAAACACCUAAGAGAUGCUUUUCAGAUAUUUAUAUUGCCAUAUUCUUAAUUGAAUGCUUUGAAUGACUACAUCCAAUUCUGCACCUAUACCCUCUGGUAUUGCUUUUUAACCUUCCUGGAAUCCAUUUUCUAAAAAAUAAAGACAUUUUCAGAUCUGAGAGCUACAUUUCAAUGUCUGUGGUUAUAAUUCUGCACAGGAAAUAGCUGAACUUAACGUAGGGAAAUGUAGAGCCUUUUAUCUGGAUUGUAGACCUCUACACUGAAACUUUUCUUCUGACAUAAUGGCUAAAACAAGAUCUACACAUGCAUAAUGUGGGAAAAUCUUCACAAAUUAAUAUAAAGCUUUAGGAAUGGUUUGCCUUUGUUUUCUUUUUAGAACCAUAUUAGUCUUUGUCUUUCAUUUUUUCCCCAUGACAUUAUGAAGAUUAAUUGAAACAUGACCUAGUAGACAACAUUGUACCAACUUGAAACCUUGAUUUAGUAAAAUCUCAACAUUUAGAUCCUUUAUCCAGUGGUAGUUUUUAUCAGGAAAUGUAUUCAGCUUGCUCAAUAAACCAAAAGGGCAUUUAAGACUACAAACACUAGAACAGGAAAACUUCCCAUACUUGGAUCUUGCUAUAAUUAGAAACGUUAAAUUGAACUAUUAGGCAUUUCCAUUAAUGAAUCAAAUUCACCCUGCCCCUUGACUGGCUUGAAUUAAAAACUAGUGGCAUUUCAGUUACACUAAUUAUGGCAGCUAAGUGCGUAAGUUGAAUGUAAGAUACCUAAUAUUUACUUAUUUAAACUGAGUCCCACUACAGAUUCUUGAACAAAUUGCCUGAAUUCUUUGUAACCGAUUUGUUGGGGAUGUUCCAACACAAUUUCAAAAUUGUUUAUGUACCAAGGUAAAGCCUUAAUUUGUAUAUGCUUUAGCACAAUAAGAUUCACUGCCUCUGGGAUGCUGUUUAGUUUGUAUUUUGUUUAAUGUUUUUCUCAUAGGAAGAAAAACUGGAUUUCUGUACUUAGAUCAUUUAUUAUAUAUAUAGCAUUAGAGCUAUAAAUGUUGUCUCGUGGGGUAAAUAAUCUAGUUUUCAGUUAUAUGAGCCAUGUUUAUUAUGGUGCUAAUGUUCAAUAGCUACUUUCAGAUUAUUUUCUCCAGUUUCUGUGAUGUGCUAGUGGCAGAGCUCACAAGCUCAUGCUUAGACAUGUUAUAGGGCUUGGGCCCUCCAGCUAGUUCUCUUGGGGUUCUGAGUCCAUACUACUUUGAUGUGUUUUGGUGGGAGAUAUAAAGUAUCUCAAUUUCUAUGCUCAAGAGUUUUAUAAUUUACCCUGUGAAUGAAGAAUAUUGGAGCAUUAUAAGACCUCUCUUUAGCAGUAGGGAUCUCAAACCAGUUAUAACCUCCAAGCUCUCUUCCUAGUAACUCUUGUGAGCAGUAGCAUCGCUGCAUGCCCCUGGAAUAGCUGGAAGAAAUAUGAUCUUGUAAAUAGGAAAGCUGUCACUUAAAAACAUUGUAUUGUUUACCUACUAGCCAUGUAUCUCUUGAAAUCAUUUUGUUAUGUUUACAAUGAUGUACCUUAUUAGUAACAAAUUAUUAGUUGAUGUUUAACAAAUAGUGCCUUUAGUAAAUUAUUUUACAACCAAAACACGUUGUUUUUUGUUAGAUCAACUUAGCCGAAUGUAGAAGUCUACACUAAGAUGUACAGUAAGAAAUUUAAGUUUCUGUUCAUUGGCUAGGUUUUGGUUUUGUAAAUUUAAUACAUCUUUUUAUAUCCAUUUUAGGUUUGUAGCAAAAUUGAGCAUCAAGUACAGGGUUCCCAUAUACCCCCUUGACCUCACACACAUAGUCUUCCGCCUAGGUUUUAGUUUUGAGGGAUUAAAAAGUAAAAGGCUCGGGGCGCCUGGGUGGCUCAGUCGGUUGAGCGUCUGACUUCAGCUCAGGUCAUGAUCUCACAGUCUGAGUUCGAGCCCCACGUCGGGCUCUGUGCUGACAGCCCAGAGCCCGGAGCCUUUUUCAGAUUCUGUGUCUCCAUCUCUCUGAACCUCCCCUGUUCAUGCUCUCUCUGUCUC